CAAUAAUGUGGCCAUGUACAUGAGCCCUGAUGGGCCAAUUCCGCAGUAUAUAUUUGUCUUCAUUUCCUGGCAGAGGACACUGUAACAUGCAAAAAGCGAGUUGUAUCUUGCUGAAUCUACAGAUGGUCUACCCAUUUUCUGUUGGGUGGGAUAAAGAUUGUUCUAGAAAUUCGCACGUCUGUCAAAAGGAGACAAGUACACGCUUGGAAAAGGCCAAAACCUUAAUUGUGGAAUUCUUUAGGAUGCAGUCUCGCGUGUUGGAAGAGGAGUUUCUGAAUAUACCAGAGAUAAAUUAUAUAGAACACAGCCUGGAUAUCAUACGUGUUGACAGCUGCCGCCCAGGCUUUGGGAAAAAUCAGGUCACACACCAUGACUGUCCUGGCUGUUGCGUGGUUUGUGAUCCAGGAACGUAUAGUUCAGACAACAGCUCUCAGUGUGAGGUUUGCAAAGACGUCAAGAUUACCUACUAUGGAGCAACAGAUUGCUGACGGGUAACAUUAUACAUCAUCAUACUUCUUAUCUUCUCUGCCUUUCAACUUGGAUAAGUUCUAACUCACUGUUCGUUAAUGUACUGUUUUACCAUGAUAGAACCACCUUCCUAUUCAAGAGC